AUGGACUUUCUCAAAUCCGCCGUCGCCUCUGCAAUUGCAAUUUCCAGUUCCUUCCCAGUCACCAUCGGAGAUCGAAUUGACGCGGGAGAAUCGAUAUGGAGCUUGCAUAACGGCGUUAAGAAGGAUGACAACACUCCCUGCUGCCUCUUCACCUUUGACAUCAACAAAGACAAAGCACGGUUACCCCUAGCAAAGAAUGCUGCCCGAAAACUGAGAACAUUGAGGCAUCCUGGAGUCAUAAGAGUCAUAGAUGUGGUUGAGAAUGAGACGAAUAUCUACAUCAUCACAGAAAAGGUUACACCGUUGAGCUGGCAUAUAAAGCGCCAGAGUCUAAGCGAGGAGACCAUAAAAUGGGGAUUGUACAGCGUAUCCUCUACCCUGAAGUUUAUCAACAAUGACGCUUCUUCUGUUCACGGCGCGAUCCGCGUCUCAUCUGUGUAUACUAGUGAAAGCGGUGAGUGGAAGCUCGGCGGCUUCGAAUUGUUGAGUUCCAUGAACGAGGACGAUGCUGUCAUCUAUACAUAUGGAAGCCUGCUGCCAGACUCCAAUCGAUAUGCGCCUCCCGAAGUGGUUAAUGGCGGCUGGUCCGCAAUCAAAAGGAACCCUCUUGGAGCGCCAGACGCCUACGGCUUGGGUACCUUGGUCUUUGAAGCCUUCAACGGCAGCUUCAUGGGCAGUGAUCAGCUCGGCCAACCCCGACGUGUACCUGCCAGCAUGGUUCAAAGCUAUAGAAGGCUGGUCAAUGCAAACCCCAAGCUGAGACUACCGGCAAGCCAUUUUGUCGACCAGGGAAAGAAGACGGGAGGCUUCUUUCAGACCCCUCUCAUCCACAUCACAGAAGAGGCCGACAGCCUAGGGUUGAAGAGCGAAGAAGAAAGAGACCAAUUUCUUGCCGAACUUGACGAGCUUACAGAUGACUUUCCAGAGGAGUUUUUCAAAAUGAAGAUUCUGCCUGAGCUUCUGAAAUCGGUAGAAUUCGGUGGUGGAGGACCAGGUGUCUUUGGAGCAAUCAUGAAGAUUGGACUGAAAAUGUCGGAUGAAGAGUUUGAAUCCAGACUCGGCCCUCUGAUCAUUCGUCUUUUCAAUAGUCCGGAUCGUGCCAUGAGGGUGUGCCUACUGGACAACCUACCUCUGAUGAUCGACAGAAUAUCCCAGAAAGACGUCAACAACAAGAUAUGGCCUGCCAUGACGACUGGCUUCACCGAUACUGCGCCUGUUGUCAGAGAGCAAACAGUCAAGGCCGUUCUAUUGGUCAUUUCGAAAUUGUCUGACCGUAUCAUCAAUGGUGAUCUCUUGAGGUUCUUGGCCAAGACCGCGAAUGAUGAACAGCCUGGCAUCCGUACGAACACCACAAUCUGUCUAGGCAAGAUCGCGAGGAAUCUCGGGGGAAGUUCUAGAUCCAAAGUGCUUAUUGCAGCAUUCAGCCGAGCUCUGAGAGAUCCCUUCGUACACGCAAGAAACGCGGCUCUGAUGGCUCUGAAUGCCACAAUCGAUGUCUUCACCGACGACGAUUGUGCUACGAAGAUCCUUCCGGUCAUUUGUACGGUGCUGGUGGAUAAGGAGAAACUGAUUAGGGAUCAAGCGAACAGGACACUUGACAGCUACCUCCAUCGGGUACGAAAAUUCGCCUCUACAAUGCCAGACAGCGCCCUGCCGCCCGAAUCAGCUGCCGCCACGCAUACGCCAGCGGCCCCUGCCAGAAUGGGAAACCAAAAUGAUACAGGGUGGGCAGGAUGGGCGAUCUCGUCAUUCACGAACAAGAUAGCUGCUGCGCGAGGAGAGAUGGCUCCCACUGGCACGACAAAUGGAUCAGUGCCACAAACACAGUCGCUGCCAGCGUCCGGUCGGGCGACUCCAAGUGUAAACGUUGUACCUGAAAAACCGAUAUCUUCAUCUAGCCGGAUCCAGCCCGGGACGGCUAGAAGUUCUACCUCGCAGCCACCGGAGAUUGAAUAUGUGUUUGAGGAUGAUGCUACGGCUGCCUGGGGCACUAUGGACGAGGAAGGCGAUAACUUCUUCGAUGCAUCCUCUAAUCACUCGGCAAGGCCCCCAAGCCCUGGACCCGCAGCCGCUUUUGAUGAUGGAGGGGAGCCGGAUUUCGCAGGGUGGUUGGCCGCACAGUCGAAAGCUAAAUCCAAGAAGCAGUUGCCCAAGGGUCUGACCAAGACGACAGCCACUGGUGGAGGAGCCCUGGGCGUUCGACCAACAGGACCUCCAAGAGCUGCAUCGGCUGGCGUCACCGUCACUUCCAAAAGACCAGCAGCCCCUGCCGUUGCGAAGAAAGAGGCGAAGAAGGAAGUCCCAAAACCGAAGGAACCGGAUCUGAAUGAUGACGACUGGGGUGCUGACUGGGAAUGA